GUUCAUUGGUCAGAUUUCAAUACUGUACCAUGAGCAAAAUUGUUUUCGCCUGUUUAGAUCAUAAAUAAUAAACUAAUAAUGUAAUAAGUGAAUUUCUUUAUGGUUUUGAAAGGAGUAUUAAAGAAGAUUUUACCGUUAGUCGUCAUAUACCUAGGUUUUAGCAAUGCCAGCUUUUCGCCAGGUUGGGGAGAAACAGCUCCCAAAUCCCAUUCUGUUUAUGGCCUGGUCUCCCAAGAGAGAUCUAAUAGCCCUAGCAAACACUGCAGGAGAGCUGCUUCUGCAUCGCCUUGCCAACUUCCAGCGUGUGUGGAGCUUACCACCCAAUGAGAACACAGGAAAAGAGAUCACGUCACUCGCCUGGAGACCGGAUGGAAAAAUUCUGGCAUUCAGUGUGGGAGACACAAAGCAGGUGGUGCUGUGUGAUGCAGAGAAGGCAGAAAUCCUACACCUGUUUCCAGUGGAAUAUCCUGUAUCCUGCAUGCACUGGAUGGAGGUGCAGGAUGACAGCAGCACUUUGGCCUCAUUCAGCGAGUCAGAGGAUGAGUCCAACCGUUUCCUUCCAAAGUUACCAACUCUUCCUAAAAGCUACAGCACCACAUCAAAGAUAUUUAGUGAAGAGAAAUCAGAUGAAGUCACAAACCUUUUGGGGGAAGUGAGGCUCAAUAUCUUGGUGGUGGGUGGGCCAUCCGGAUUUGUAGAACUGUAUGCUUAUGGGCUAUAUAAGAUUGCUACGCUGAAUGGGAUCUCAGGGACCUGCCGUAAUCUUGGACUAUCUAGCGACCUUAAGUCCCUCUCUGUUAUUACAGAAAUAAGAACAACAGAAGGCAACCCUGAAAUUCAUUACAUACAGUUGGACACCGGGCUGCUUUCUUCAUGUCUGCCUGAGUUGACCAAGAUGGCACGGAAGUUUACACACAUUUCAACACUGCUACAGUAUCUGCAUCUUUCUCUCACCUGUAUGUGUGAAGCAUGGGAAGAUAUUCUUACACAGAUGGACCUUCGACUUACUAAGUUUGUCCAGGAAAAAAACACAAGCACUCAGGUACAGGAUGAGUUUUUGGAGCUGCUGCUAUGGGGCCAUGCAAGCCCUGAACUUCAGGCUCUUCUUAUGAAUCAACUUACAGUCAAGGGAUUGAAGAUGUUGGGUCAAUCCACUGAGUCGUCCUACUCCGGCAUCCAGAAACUAGUUAUUAGUCACCUGCAGAGUGGCUCUGAGGCUUUGCUGUAUCAUCUAAGCGAGCUUAAAGGGAUGGCACUCUGGAAGCAGAAGUUUGAACCUCUCGGCUUAGAUCCUGCAGCCAUAGAGGAUGCCAUUGUAGCAGUGGGUUCUUUUACCCAGAAGGCCAGUGAACUCUCGCAAGUUAUUGAUAAAAGUAUGAAGAACUUCCAUGCCUUUUUCCGAUGGCUGUUUGUUGCAAUGCUCCGAAUGUCAGAAGAUCAUGUUCCUCCUGAACUUAACAAGAUGACCCAGAAAGAUCUGGCUUUUGUGGCUGACUUCCUGUCUGAGCAUUUCAGUGCCAAUGAAGAGCUGUUUGAUCGUAAAGGGAAGUAUUUCAGCGUGGAGCGUGUUGGACAGUACUUGAAGGAUGAAGAUGAAGACUUGAUAUCUCCACCCAGCAUGGAGGGCAACCAAUGGGUGACGUUUGUGAAGCAGAGCACUCACCUGAAAGACAGUCCACUGCUCUUCCCGACCUAUCCACAGAAGUCUUUACACUUUGUCAAGAGAAUGAUGGAGGCAGCCAUUGAUCUGUGCUUACAGAAACCAGCUGAGGUCAUUGGGUGUUCAGUAAAACAGGCCGUGUGUUUACAACUGUACACUGUGCCUGAAGGAUCCUCAGAUACACCACGGCUGUUUGAGCUUCCCUCAUUGUGGAAUGAUAAGACAGCCAGUAUGCAUUAUGUAAUAUUCUGCAUGCACGAAAUGUCUCCCUCCAAAAUCUAUAUACUGAGAAGAGCAACAGACCCCAGCAGGUCUGUGCCUAAUGGUCUGGUGGCUGUUGACCUCAACACUCCUCUCAAUUCCAGUAUAGAUGAUGAAACCCCAGCACAAAAUCCUGAUGACACCUCAUACAGUUGUCUUGAUGCCCGUUUCUAUGACGACGAGACAUUGACGGUAGUAUUGCGAAGUCUAGAAGAUGAUGAGAAUAAAACGCGUGUCCUCGCACAGCUUCCUUUAAAUUCUGCUCUGAGAUGCGAGGAGGAGUUCACCUGGGAUCUCUCACUCAGGCUGGAGCAACAGAUUGAACGGAUCCCAGUACAAACUGUGGCCUGGGGAAACCAAAGCAGAGAACUGGAAAAUAUUAAGGCUCAGUAUGUUGCUGUUAAUGGGAUCCGAAAAGUAGCCUGUGUGCUUAGUGCCAAUCUGAGGCAUUUACGUGUGUUUGAGAUGGAUGCAGAGGAGGAAGAGGAGGAGGAAGAACGUGCUGAUGAGUCACAGGAAAUGAGCUCGGACCAGGACAGACUUGAGGAUACAAUGACUAAUCAGAGUGAUGCUGGGGAAGGUGGAGAUGGGAAUGAAGUGGAAGGGUCUAGGGAUGCUCAGGUGACAGAGUCGGGAGACAUUCUGGAUGACACUGCUGGAUCAGAAACACUUUGAUCUGUGACCUCUACCAGCUCACAGUAUAACUGCCAGUUCUGGUCAUGUGCUUUAUGUACUGAAAAAAAUAUAUUUGUUAAAGAAAUCUGAGGAACAUUUCACAGUGUUGUUUGUAAAUAAAUGGAUUUACUAAAUACAAGUGUAUUAAAUGGG